UAAAUACAAUAGUCCCAAAGGGUCUUGUGUUUCCAUUCACUUGUCAUCAGCUUCUUCUCUUCUCCGUAACAAAGUUGCAAGCUUUCUUUGGUUUUCUGAACGUAAGGGUCAAGCAAUCGUUUUUUUCAUGAUGCCGACUGUUAACCCUGAUCCGUCUGACAAAGAUGCUGAGCCGUUUGUUGAAACCGAUCCGACUGGCCGCUAUGGCCGAUACAGCGAGCUAUUGGGGAGUGGUGCUUGUAAGAAAGUGUAUCGCGCAUUUGAUCAGCAAGAAGGAAUUGAGGUGGCUUGGAACCAAGUGAAGCUGAGGAACUUUUGUGAUGACCCUGCCAUGGUGGAAAGGCUUUACUCUGAAGUGAGGCUUCUCAGAAGCUUGAAAGACAGAAAUAUCAUUGCCCUUUACAGUGUGUGGAGGGACGAGCAGCGAAACACGUUGAACUUCAUCACUGAAGUGUGUACCAGUGGGAAUCUGAGGGAGUACAGGAAAAAGCACAGGCAGGUUUCCAAGAAGGCCCUGAAGAAGUGGUCUAAGCAGAUCCUGAAAGGGUUGGACUAUUUGCACACACAUGAUCCCUGCAUCAUCCACAGAGAUCUCAAUUGCAGUAAUGUGUUUGUCAAUGGGAAUACUGGCCAGGUUAAGAUUGGUGACUUGGGUUUGGCAGCAAUUGUUGGCAAGAACCAUUGUGCACACACCAUUCUCGGCACACCAGAAUUCAUGGCUCCAGAGUUGUAUGAUGAAGACUACACUGAAUUGGUGGACAUAUACUCAUUUGGGAUGUGUGUGUUAGAGAUGGUGACACGGGAGAUUCCUUAUAGCGAGUGUGACAAUGUUGCAAAGAUAUAUAAGAAGGUCUCUUCUGGGUUGAGACCUGCAGCUUUGAACAAGGUGAAAGAUCCAGAGGUGAAGGAAUUCAUUGAGAAGUGCCUUGGUCAACCAAGGGCAAGACCUUCUACUGCUGAGCUUCUCAAAGAUCCUUUCUUUGAUGAGCUUGUUGAUGAUCAGGAAUGAAUGCUCUCAGUUUUGGAACUCAGUUCAGCAUUGUAUCAUAAUGCAGAAUGAAGUUGUUAUGGUAGAUAAAUCUGUGACCUGAAUGUUAGCUGUUGUUAAAAUAGUGUGACUUCUCCACUUUGUAAUUACAAAAACAAUUUGUCUAACUCAUCUGUUCACUAAGGUUUGUGAAUGAAUGUUUACAAAAUCAAUUAUAAUUGCCAUUGUAAAUUGAUUAGGCCUCACCUAUUUAAGUGAGGGAUUGUGCAGCAGUGUAUCAAGAAAUUGUAAUUAUUUUAUAAUUACUCAAUUCUCUCAAUAAAUUGUUACUAAAGUUUUUUUUUU